ACAUCGAGAGAAGGGGAGGAAGGGAGGCGUAAUAAUAAUAAACGGAAAGCGGAAGGGGGAAGGAAACCCUUCCGAUACAGUAUCCGAUCACGAAAUAUACCUCAGAGCUUUAAUCUUAUCCCGUCUUCUUCCCAUUCUCUUUUGAUCCGUCGGUCUGUGCCGCUUCGGAUCUCUUCUUCUUCUUCUGGGAUCGACGGAAUGGAGGGCGUGUUCGGUAAGCUACGCAACCUGGACGCUUACCCCAAGAUCAACGAGGAUUUCUACAGCAGGACCCUCUCCGGCGGCAUCAUCACAAUCGUCUCCUCCAUCGUCAUGUUCCUUCUCUUCAUCUCCGAACUCCGAUUGUACCUUCAUGCUGUUACAGAAACAAAGCUUGUAGUUGAUACGUCUAGAGGGGAAUCACUUCGGAUCAAUUUUGAUGUUACUUUUCCUGCCCUUUCAUGUUCUAUGCUCAGUCUUGAUGCCAUGGAUAUAAGUGGAGAAGAGCACCUUGAUGUAAGACACGACAUAAUUAAGAAGAGGCUGGAUUCCCAUGGAAACGUUAUUGAAACUAGACAAGAUGGAAUUGGUUCACCUAAGAUUGAAAAGCCUUUACAAAGACAUGGUGGGAGACUUGAACAUAAUGAGACAUAUUGUGGUUCUUGCUAUGGUGCAGAAGCGUCUGAUGAGGAUUGUUGCAACUCAUGUGAAGAAGUUCGAGAAGCCUAUAGAAAGAAAGGUUGGGGGCUGUCAAACCCUGAUUUGGUUGACCAGUGCAAACGAGAAGGGUUCCUUGAAAAGAUCAAAAAUGAAGAGGGUGAAGGAUGCAAUGUCUAUGGUUUCUUGGAAGUCAAAAAGGUGGGUGGAAAUUUUCAUUUUGCCCCUGGUAAAAGCUUCCAGCAGUCAAAUAUGCAUGUGCACGACCUGCUUCCAUUCCAAAAAGAAAGUUUUAAUAUUAGCCACAAAAUUAACAAAUUAGCUUUUGGAGAAUACUUUCCUGGUGUUGUCAACCCUCUUGAUGGAGUUCAGUGGGUGCAACACACACCAAAUGGAAUGUACCAAUACUUCAUCAAGGUUGUCCCUACUGUUUACACUGACAUAAAUGGCCGUACUAUCCAGUCCAACCAGUUUUCGGUGACAGAGCAUUUCAAGAGUGAUGACACUGGUCGACUACAAUCUGUCCCCGGAGUGUUUUUCUUCUAUGAUCUUUCCCCAAUUAAGGUUACCUUCAUGGAGGGACAUGUAUCUUUCUUACACUUCUUGACUAAUGUUUGUGCAAUUGUUGGAGGUAUUUUUACUGUUUCUGGAAUAUUAGAUUCAUUUAUCUAUCAUGGUCAAAGAGCAAUCAAGAAGAAGAUGGAGAUUGGCAAAUUCAGUUGAUUAUGUUUCUGGUGUAAACUCCAGUUCUGCUGAUUAAAAGUCACAAGGGGAAUUUGUUGCAGAGAUCCAAGAUUGUAUACACCCACAGUUCCAUCUACAAGUAAUUGAGUUGUUUGAUGGGUUAAGUUCAGGUACUUCUUUCUUUACCAUCCCUCUGCACCCCAAGUGUUUUGGUGCACACAAUAUCACGCUGUGCUUAAAGAUUCUCAACUUUGUGCGUGAACACAAGUCUGUGCUGAUGAAAGACCAUCUGUGGGCAGUUGAAAACAGCUUUCCUGAUAAUUGUGAUGGAGAACUACAGAUGAUGUGGAGUUCAUAGGAAUCACAACUGAUUAAUUUGACUAUAAUUGCUAAAUCUUUUUCCUGGAA